AUGCAUGUCCAGGAGCUCCUCUUCGUCGUAGCAGUGCUAAUGCCCCAGUGCCUGAGGGCCUUACGCUAUAGCCAAGGAACCGGAGACGAGAACUGCGAGACCCUAAAGUCAGAAAUCCAUCUGAUUAAAGAGGAGUUCGAUGAGCUGGGAAGGAUGCAGAGGACCUGCAAUGCCGAUGUCAUAGUGAACAAGUGCGAGGGAUUGUGCAACAGUCAGGUGCAACCUUCGGUGAUAACUCCAACGGGUUUUCUAAAGGAAUGCUACUGCUGCCGUGAAAGCUUCCUCAAGGAGAAAGUCAUCACUCUGACCCAUUGCUAUGAUCCGGAUGGCACUCGGCUCACCUCACCGGAAAUGGGCAGCAUGGACAUACGUCUCCGAGAGCCAACUGAAUGCAAGUGCUUCAAGUGCGGUGACUUUACACGUUAA